CGGCUUCACAGGACCGGAUAACUUGACCGCGGUUUGGCGUGUAUUCAUCUGUAGCUCAUGCAGAACCCGUCUCUCGCACGCACCUGAGUCUGAGGACCGUUAUGGAGUAUUUUUACAAGCUCAACAUGUCUUGAAAAUGUAACAUGUGCUUUUUCAACAGCUUGAACAAUUUCAAAUACAUUUUUUUAUAAACAAAACAAGUGAAAUUGCUGAUGGUCAAGGUACAAUUUCUCAAUUUGGAAUUAUAGUUCGACAGGUUGUCGAGAAGAAAAACCCGAUGCUGAUUUUACUGGGAUUAGAAAAAGAGAGCAGGACUUUACUUUACCGGAACGGAUGUCAGACACCCACCGUGCGUGAGACCAUCCUCUCCCCGUUUACCUGGUGGUAAGACUGGCUACCCCAAAGCGAUGGCGUCCGAGGUGGUCUGCGGGCUGAUCUUCAGAUUGCUUCUACCAAUAUGUUUAGCAACAGCUUGCUUGUUCCGGUACAAUGGGCUAUCAUUCGUCUACCUCAUCUACCUCCUUCUUAUCCCUCUCUUCGCUGAGCCCACCAGCACAACCAUGCAGGGCCACACGGGGCGCCUGCUCAUGUCCCUGUGCUUCAGCAGUCUCAGCUUCCUGCUCUUCCACAUCAUCUAUCAGAUCACUGUCAACAGUCUACUGGCCGGGAACAACAUAGACCCCGCCUUCAACUGUUCAACGUGGGAGAAAUCUAUACGUCAGAUUGGCUUUGAAAGUGUGAUAGGUGCAGAUGCAGGAAACGGUAUCCGUGUGUUCCUCCCUGACAUAGGGAUGUUUUUAGCGGGGCUGGCCUGCUGGCUGCUGUGUCGUAGUCUGUUUCAGAAGAGACCGCCAGAGGACAUGGCCCAGGACAACACUGACUACGAACCGGAGGGAGAGGAGGAGGAAGAGGAGAAGCUGAGCCCUGAUGACAACGUCCUGUUGGAUGAGGACUUUGAGGCUGGGUACGAGGCUGGAGAAGAGGAGGAGGAAGAGAUGGAGGAGGAAGAGGAGGAAGAGGAGGAGGAGGAGAGCAACAAGAUGAAGAUUCUGCGUCACAUAGCGGGCGUGGCGUCUAAAGUGAAGGAGAUCAUUGGGAAUCUGAUAACCACCGCAGGAAAAGUGGUGGUCACUAUACUGUUAGGACUCACAGGUAUCACGCUGCCUUCCCUGACGUCGGCAGUCUAUUUCUUCGUGUUCCUGUUCCUGUGUACGUGGUGGUCGUUCUGCCGCACCUUUGACACUCUCAUCUUCAGCUGUAUGUGUGUCCUCAUGGCCAUAUUCAGCGCUGGACACCUGGUCGUCCUCUACCUCUACCAGUUCCAGUUCUUCCAAGAGAGCAUCCCUCCAGAGGACAGCUACAUCAGUCUGUUCGGCAUCUCAUCCCUCAUCCAGACGGACUGCUCCUCUACAUGGAGGAUGAUAGUUAACCCUGAGCUGGCCUGGCACCACUUUGUUAACCCCAUUAUGCUGCUGCUGCUGUACUACACCCUGGCCACUCUCAUACGCCUCUGGCUCCAGGAACCUAUAGAGGAGGAUGAAGAAGAGGAGGGAGAGGACGGAGAGGAAGAGGAGGAGGUGGUUGGGAACGGGAACUCUGCGGACAAGAGGAGACAGCUGUGGUGGAAAGCAAACCAACGCACGGAGGAGAGAAACCUGCUUUCUACACAGGAUGGCUACAGUACAUCUGAGGGGUUGGCUGCAAAGUCCAACGGGACGUCUUGUGACAUCUCCACCCUGAACACGGUGGAGAAUAGACCGGUCGGUCAGGACCUGUACUCCACCCCACAGUAUAAAAUGGAUCAAACCAAUAACAUUACAGAGAAGAAGAAUGGAAGUGUGUUUGAUGUCAGUCCAACCGUGGGAGGAGAGGCUGCUGGGAAGGAGGAGGAGGAGGAGGCGGAACAGGAGGAGGAGGAGGAGGGCAGAGUGAAUGCUGUUGUAACAGUGUUCAGGUUCAUUAUGAAGCAGAGCUAUAUCUGUGCUCUCAUAGCCAUGAUGGCGUGGAGCAUCACGUAUGUUAGCUGGCUGACGUUUGUGUUCCUGAUGUGGUCGUGUAUGUUGUGGAUGGUGAGGGAUCGUCGUCGGUACACCAUGCUAACCUCUCCCUUCAUGGUGCUCUAUGGGAACCUGCUCAUUGUGCUGCAGUACAUCUGGAGCUUUGAGCUGCUGGAGCCCGUACCUGGACUCUUCCUCAAGAAGGACGUGCCUUUCAGUGAACUGGGAUCCAAGGUCCUGUGUCUGUUGAGCUUCUGGCUGCUUCUGAGACAGACUCUGACGGAGAGAAAGGACAAGCAGAGAGAGGAGGAUGCUGUACUCACUGACGUACAUGUGGAUAACCAACCCAAGAAGAAGGAGAAAGAGGAGGAUGAGGAAGGAGGGGAGCAGGACAUCAUGCAGGUUCUGGGGAACAUGGUGAUGGAGAUGCUGGUGAAAUACUGGAUCUAUAUCUGUGGAGGAAUGUUCUUCUUCGUCAGCUUCGAGGGACGCAUGGUCAUGUACAAGAUCAUCUAUAUGAUGCUCUUCCUCUUCUGCGUGGCGCUCUAUCAGGUGCACUAUGAGUAUUGGAGGAGGAUCCUGAAAUACUUCUGGAUGUCUGUGGUGGUCUACACUAUGUUGGUCCUCAUCCUCGUCUACACCUUCCAGUUUGAAACCUCCCUACCCUUCUGGUCUAACAUGACUGGCAUGAGUAAAGAUAAACUGAAGGACCUGGGGCUAGAACAGUUCUCCCUAUCGAUGCUCUUCACACGUAUCUUCAUCCCCACCUCCUUCCUCCUGGUGUGUAUCCUCCACCUUCACUACUUCCACGACCGCUUCCUGCUGCUCACUGAUCUGAAGGCUGUGGCCCAAAAACAGGACAGCACCAUCUACAGUCAUGCUAAAGUCAAUGGUCGCGUGUAUCUGAUCAUGAAUAGCAUCAAGCAACACAUUUCCUCUCCACAGAGCAAACUGGUACACCAGGAUGGAAGCCUGGCUGACAUCACCAUGCUCAGCAUCUCCUCUGGAGAAGGAGUGAUACGAGCAGACGACAAGAAAGAGAAGAAGAAGGAGAAAGAGAAGGAGGGAACCCUGGUGGUGGUGAUGGAGGAGAAAGAUGGAGGGAUGAAGCAGAAAGGAGGACUCCGUCAGUCUAUAGACCUGCAUCAGUCAUUCGGAAAGUCUUUCGAGUUGCAUCAAUCGUUCCAUAAGUCGUUUGAAUCCAAUGCAGGGUCGGGGGAGAGUGGCCACUGCAGUGUGGGAACUGAGCCAGAUCCCUCCACAGAAAACACUACCUCAGACCUAAAGAAUAAGUGGCACCUGGUGGUGGACCGUCUGACUGUGCUGUUCCUCAAGUUCCUGGAAUAUUUCCACAAGCUGCAGCUCUUCAUCUGGUGGCUCCUAGAGAUACACAUCAUCAAGAUCGUCUCUUCGUAUAUCAUACUGGUCUCUGUUAAGGAGGUGUCCUUGUUCAACUACGUAUUCAUGGCUUGCUGGGCCUUCGCUCUGCCCUUCAGUCAGUUCAGACCCCUAGCCUCCAGUAUCUGUACAGUCUGGACCUGUGUUAUCAUCGUCUGUAAGAUGUUGUACCAGCUGGAAUCUAUACAACCUGCCUCUUACUCCAAGAACUGCUCCAUGCCAAUGAACUACACAGAGAAACAGAGAGAGGAAAUGAAAGACUCGCUGCUGUACAAGGAGCCAGUAGACCCGUCCAACUGGGUCGGACUCAACAAGUUCAACCCUCUACUGGAGAACCUCAGGAACAACCUGCUGAUGUUGGCCAUGCUGGCGUUUGAGGUGACCAUCUACCGUCACCAGCAGUACUACAGACUGAGGAACAAGCUCACCGCACCCGCUGCUCGCAUCAUCUUCCAUGACAUCACGCGGCAACACCUCGACAACGGCAUCGUCAACUGUGUCAAGUACUUCAUCAACUACUUCUUCUACAAGUUCGGGCUGGAGACGUGCUUCCUACUGGCGGUGAAUGUGAUUGGCCAGCGUAUGGAUUUCUAUGCUAUGCUGCAUGCCUUCUCUCUGAUAGCCGUGAUGUACAGACGGAGAAGGAAAGCUAUAGCUGAGAUCUGGCCUAAAUACUGUUGUUUCCAGGCCUGUAUUCUAACCUGGCAGUACUUUGUGUGCAUCGGGAUACCACCUGCAGCUUGCAAAGACUACCCAUGGCGGUUCCCUAACUCUGCAAUGGACUCCAACGUCAUCAAGUGGCUAUAUUUCCCAGACUUCCACACCAACCCCAACCCAAUCUUUCUCGUCUUUGAAGUUGUCUCUUAA